AUGGUCAAGCCAAGACAAAAGACGCUUCUUCCACCGACAAUGAAACAGUUUGUGAGUCAAUGCCAGAGUGGGCAAUUCGAACAACAACAACAACGUCAUGGGCAACACACUUAUCCUCCUCCUUACCUUUCAGUUCACCCACAUACAUUGACGGCAUUGGCAUUGUUACUGGCAUGGCUGUUCUAUGCAGCGGUUCGAACCAACUAUGAAGGCACUGAGACAAGCGUCAAGCUCGGCAUAUCAGCUGCUAUGGGCUGCUUCGUAUUUAUUGGCAUGCUGCAGUUCCGUGAUGGUCCCUUUAUUCGACCCAGUAUACCAUUCUGGAGAGCAGUGCUAAGCCUUAGUGUGCUAUAUCAGCUGCUUCUUGUAUUCCUAUUGUUUCUGAAUAAGGAUGAAGCACGUAAAUUCAUGGUCUACUUUGAUACCAAUCUUGGUCGACAGCUGCCCGAACGAUCUUAUGCUGAAAGUUGUGAUCUGUCAAUGGAUACAUUAAAGAAUCAAAUGGAUAUCUUUGUUCUUGCACACGUUGUUGGUUGGUAUGGCAAGUCGAUCAUUCUUCGAGAUUAUUGGUUAUGCUGGAUCGUAUCGGUGACCUUUGAGUUUUGCGAAUACUCGCUACAACAUCAGCUGAACAAUUUCGCAGAGUGCUGGUGGGAUCAUUGGAUCCUUGAUGUCCUUGUGUGUAACUGGGCUGGUAUUUACCUCGGCAUGAAAACGUGUCGUUACUUUGAAAUGAAGGAAUAUUCUUGGGUGGGUUUCCGGCAAAUCAAGGGACUAAAGGGCAAAGCCAAGCGUGCUGUACAGCAAUUCACGCCUCAUGAUUGGACCCGCUUCGAAUGGAAGUCGACAAGUAGCCCAAAGAACUACUUUGGUGUGAUCGGCUUGAUGAUUGUGGCACUUCAAUGCGAGCUCAACUGCUUCUAUCUCAAGUAUCUAUUAUGGGUGCCACCAGAGCAUCCUUUGAAUACGUAUCGCCUCACUCUCAUGUUCCUGUUUUCGUUACCGGCUGCACGUGAUGUUUAUCAAUAUCUUAUGGAUGGUCCCAAUAACGGUACCAAACGACUUGGAGCACACGCAUGGCUCAUGAUUUGCAAUGUCAUGACCGAAUCAAUCAUUUGCCUCAAGUUUUCCGAGAACGAAUUCCCUGUGCCUGCACCUAUGGCAGUCAAGAUCGGAUGGUCGAUUGUUGCUGCAGUGGUCCUUGUCAUUUUCCCUCUAUGGCGAUUCAUCAUCCGCCCACCACAAGCCAUUUAUAUUCCUGAAGAAAAGUGCGAGUGA